UAGGACGCCCUUGCCUUGUUCCGCCCGAUUACGUCCGAGUAGACCCGCCGUUGAACCAUCCGCCUAGCACGGAGUCAAUGCCGGCCUGCAGCAGGAAUCACAGUGAUAGCUUGGUUUAUUAUAACCUUCUCAUAUCAUUGCACAAGAUUAGGUCCACGGUCGUCGAAGUGUUAUAUGACCGCAACCUGGGUCCCCCGAAGAGCUUUUCCAUGCAAGAUGCGGUAGUCGCAAGACUACGUCUUAUAUGCGACCUCGAAAAAUGGCUUAGGACUUGCCCACAGGCUUUUUCGGUCCUUUCAGGUCCCGAACUGGACAGCUGGUCUCCCGCUUCAUACGAUGCGAAUCGCUUCCGAGUGCUUCUUUCUAUCCAGUAUUAUAGCACCGCACUGCUCAUCAAUAGUCCUGUUCUAACGGGCUUACUCGCCGAGCGUCAUCCAGGCCAGGGUGCAUUUCACCCUCUGAUGGACGAAGUCACCCUCGCUAUCAAGCAACAUUUCGCCGCUGCAAGGAAACUCGACCGCGUCAUCCACUAUGUAGCUGAGUACGACCUGAGCUUCAUCGACCACAAUGCAACCUGGUGGUUUUGUAACUACAACAUGUUCACAGUCAACCUCCAUCUCUUUGGUAUACUGCUGGCUUGUUAUCGAGAUGACUCAAUGCCGCUCCAGCAAGUAAUCGACUCAUCGGAGGUUCGAAAUGCGUUGGAACUAGGCUUGCGGACGCUCGAAAUGGUCGAAAGAUCUAGCUUGAUGAGUCGCAAGGGAAGACAUUGCUUGCGACGGUUCUUGCAAGUGUUCGAUACUCUAGGUACGCCUUCGCCCCGAGAAUUUGAAUUCUCAGCGUCCACAACUUCCGGUUUGGACUUACAUAACCUUGCAUCCAUAGUACCAUGCACGCAUACGACCCUGCCGGCUUCCGCGGACACAGCAAUUAUGGGACCUAUUUCGUCGGUCCCACUUGAUGGUUUUUACUCCCAGCUUAUUACAGAGUCUGCAGAUAACUUCUUAUUUCAAUCCAGUCAGCUUAGUUUCUUAGAUACAGAUAUUAGUAUAGCUAAUUUUACCUCAUAG